AUCGGCAACCAAGAGGCCGGCUCGAAGGGGUGGUAAACCUCCGCCCGACAGGCCUGUUAGGGCCCUUUUCUGUCUAACCCUCAAGAAUCCCGUGCGAAAAAUGUGCAUCGACGUCGUCGAAUGGAAACCUUUCGAGUGGCUUAUUCUUAUGACGAUAUUCGCGAACUGCGUUGCCCUGGCAGUCUACACACCGUACCCGUUCGGUGAUUCUAAUUUGACCAACCAGUAUUUGGAAAAAAUAGAGUAUAUAUUUCUUGUGAUUUUUACGGUCGAGUGCGUGAUGAAGAUCAUCGCUUACGGUUUCGUCGCUCAUCCUGGAGCUUAUCUUCGGAACGGAUGGAACAUGUUAGAUUUUUCGAUAGUAGUCAUAGGAAUGGUGAGCACGGUGUUGUCGAUACUAAUGAAAGAAGGUUUCGACGUGAAAGCGCUGAGGGCUUUUCGAGUGUUGCGACCUCUUAGGCUGGUUUCUGGAGUACCGAGUCUUCAAGUGGUCUUAAACUCUAUUUUGAGAGCGAUGAUACCCCUUCUACAUAUCGCUCUACUCGUUCUCUUCGUCAUCAUUAUUUACGCUAUCAUCGGCCUCGAGCUGUUCUCUGGCAAAAUGCAUAAAACUUGCAGGCAUAACGUAACCGACGCGAUAAUGGAAGGCCCAGUUCCUUGCGGACCCGGUGGCUUCCAAUGCGAGAAGGUCGGGCCCGAAUAUCACUGUAGCAAACGGUUUUGGGAGGGCCCGAACUGGGGUAUCACGAAUUUCGACAACUUUGGCCUUGCCAUGUUGACGGUCUUCCAAUGCGUCACGCUCGAGGGUUGGACGGACGUACUGUACAGCAUCGAAGACGCGAUGGGAAGUUCGUGGCAAUGGAUCUAUUUCAUUUCUAUGGUCAUACUUGGAGCUUUCUUCGUGAUGAAUCUGAUUCUCGGUGUGUUGUCCGGCGAGUUCUCUAAGGAGAGAGAGAAAGCGAAAGCGAGAGGCGACUUCCACAAACUCAGGGAGAAGCAACAAAUCGAAGACGAUCUGAGGGGGUAUCUGGAUUGGAUCACGCAAGCCGAGGACAUCGAGCCGGAAACGGACGAGCCGAAAAUGCAGGACGGGAAAUCGAAACAGCAAAGCGAGAUGGAGAGCACGGAUCAAUUGGAGGGUGACGAGGAAGGGGUUCAACAAGAGUCCGUGUGGAGAAGAAAAAAGCGCGACUUCGACAGAGUGAACAGGAGAAUGAGGAGGGCCUGUAGAAAAGCCGUCAAGUCGCAGGUUUUCUACUGGUUGAUCAUAGUAUUGGUUUUUUUGAACACCGGAGUUCUGGCGACCGAGCAUUACAAUCAGCCGCAUUGGUUGGACGACUUUCAAGAAAUCACAAACAUGUUUUUUAUCGCGCUCUUCUCCAUGGAGAUGAUGUUGAAGAUGUACAGUUUAGGAUUUCAAGGUUACUUUGUCUCGCUGUUUAAUCGUUUCGAUUGCUUCGUGGUGAUCGGCUCGAUCACCGAGAUGAUCCUCACGAACACGCAGGUGAUGCCGCCUCUGGGCGUCUCCGUACUUCGUUGCGUCCGGUUACUCAGGGUAUUCAAAGUGACGAAAUAUUGGAAGUCGCUGUCGAAUCUGGUGGCUUCUCUCCUGAACUCGAUACAAUCGAUCGCGUCGUUGUUGCUUCUACUCUUCCUGUUUAUCGUGAUUUUUGCCCUGCUAGGCAUGCAGGUGUUCGGUGGAAAGUUCAAUUUUAGCGAGUUACAGGACAAGCCUCGUCACAAUUUCGACAGUUUCUGGCAAAGUUUGUUGACCGUGUUUCAAAUACUGACAGGCGAGGAUUGGAACGCCGUGAUGUACGACGGUAUCAGAGCUUACGGAGGUGUAGCCAGCUUCGGCAUGCUUGCUUGUUUUUAUUUCAUCAUUCUUUUUAUAUGCGGUAACUAUAUUCUACUGAACGUCUUCUUGGCCAUCGCCGUCGAUAACCUCGCGGACGCCGAGUCGUUGACUGCCAUCGAAAAGGAAGCCGAAGAAGAGGCCAAAAAGAAUAAAUCUCACAGCGCGUCGCCGGCCAGGGACGAAGAGAGCGGAGAACAGGGCGAUGGUGGCGAAGGCACAGGCGGAGAAGACGAAGGUGGUGGCACGGAUUUGGAACACGAUCCGAACGAGACGAUGGAAGAUUACGAGGCAGCUUUGGACACGGAAACGUCGGAAAAGAGCGAAGAUACGAAUACUCACGCGAAAGUGCGGCUGAACAUAGACGAGUCCGACGAAGAGGUGGAGGAAGAGGAGGAAGUCGAACAAAACGAGAUGCACGACGACGGCACGGAACAAGGGGUGUCGGCUAGACCACGAAGAAUGUCGGAGUUUAACAUGGCCACGAAGAAACAACCGAUUCCCCCUGCUUCGGCUUUUUUCAUUUUCUCCCAAACGAACAGAGUUCGAGUGUUUUGUCACUGGCUCUGCAAUCAUAGCUAUUUCGGCAACGUGAUUCUCGUGUGCAUCAUGAUAUCGUCGGCCAUGUUAGCCGCCGAAGAUCCAUUGAGGGCUUCGUCUUAUAGGAAUCAGAUAUUAUUGAAUUUCGACUAUUUUUUCACCACAGUGUUUACGAUCGAGAUCUGGCUGAAAAUGAUCUCGUACGGUUUUAUCAUACACGACGGCGCUUUCUGUCGAUCGGCGUUUAAUUUGCUCGACCUGUUGGUCGUUUGUUCUUCUCUCAUUUCUAUGUCUUUCAGCUCCGGUGCAUUUUCCGUGGUAAAAGUGCUUCGAGUGUUGCGCGUCCUGAGGCCUCUGCGCGCCAUCAAUCGUGCCAAGGGAUUAAAGUACGUAGUGAAGUGUGUGAUUGUCGCCAUUAAAACGAUCGGCAACAUUAUGUUGGUCACCUAUCUCCUUCAGUUCAUGUUCGCUGUUAUCGGGGUACAGCUGUUUAAGGGUAAAUUUUUCUCUUGUUCCGAUGCAUCGAAAAUGACGAAGGACGAAUGUCAGGGUACCUACCUAGAAUUCGAAAACGGUAAUAUCAAUAAGCCGGUGAUGAAGGAGAGAACUUGGGGCCAGAAUCGUUUCCAUUUCGACGACGUGGCGAAGGCGAUGCUCACGCUUUUCACCGUAUCCACGUUCGAAGGCUGGCCUUCAUUGCUAGACGUGUCGAUCGACUCUAACAAGGAGGAUCACGGACCAAUUCAUAAUUUUCGACCGAUAGUGGCCGCGUACUACAUCAUUUACAUCAUUAUCAUAGCAUUCUUCAUGGUGAACAUCUUCGUUGGUUUCGUUAUUGUCACUUUCCAGAACGAGGGUGAGCAAGAGUACAAAAACUGCGAGCUCGAUAAAAAUCAGCGGAACUGCAUCGAGUUCGCGUUAAAGGCUAAACCGGUGAGACGAUACAUACCGAAGCAUCGAAUACAGUACAAAGUGUGGUGGUUCGUCACCUCGCAGCCGUUCGAGUAUACGAUUUUCACCCUGAUCAUGAUCAAUACCGUCACGUUAGCGAUGAAGUUUUACCGGCAACCGGAAAUCUACACGGAAGCGUUGGACGUUCUCAACAUGAUCUUCACCGCGGUCUUUGCCCUCGAGUUUAUCUUCAAGCUAGCGGCGUUUCGAUUCAAGAAUUACUUCGGCGAUGCUUGGAACGUGUUCGACUUCAUAAUCGUGCUCGGAAGUUUCAUCGACAUCGUCUAUUCGGAAGUGAACCCCGGCUCGACCAUCAUUUCCAUCAACUUUUUUCGGCUGUUCCGCGUAAUGAGAUUGGUCAAGUUGCUAAGCAGAGGGGAAGGUAUCAGAACGCUUCUCUGGACAUUCAUAAAAUCGUUUCAAGCUCUGCCGUACGUAGCCCUACUCAUCAUAAUGUUGUUCUUCAUUUACGCCGUGAUAGGAAUGCAGGUGUUUGGAAAAAUCGCUAUCGACGACGAGACAUCGAUAAACCGGAACAAUAAUUUCCAGUCGUUCCCGCAAGCGGUAUUGGUCUUGUUUCGAUCGGCUACAGGAGAGGCUUGGCAAGAGAUCAUGAUGGACUGCUCGGCGCAACCGGGCGUAGUGAAGUGCGAUCCGAAGAGCGACGAAGAAUCCAAUCAGAAUGGCUGUGGAUCCGACAUUGCAUUUCCCUACUUUAUAUCUUUCUACGUUUUAUGCUCUUUCCUCAUCAUCAAUCUCUUCGUCGCCGUGAUCAUGGACAAUUUCGAUUACUUGACGAGGGAUUGGUCCAUCCUGGGUCCGCACCAUUUGGACGAGUUCAUUCGCCUCUGGUCAGAGUACGAUCCCGACGCGAAAGGCCGUAUCAAGCAUCUGGACGUGGUCACUCUUCUCCGAAAGAUAUCACCGCCCCUAGGUUUCGGUAAACUCUGUCCUCACCGAGUCGCGUGCAAAAGGCUGGUCUCGAUGAACAUGCCGUUGAACAGCGACGGCACGGUUUUGUUCAACGCGACUCUGUUCGCCGUGGUGAGAACUUCGCUGCGAAUCAAGACCGAGGGAAAUAUCGACGACGCGAACGCCGAGCUCAGAGAAGUGAUCAAGAAGAUCUGGAAAAGGACUAGUCCGAAACUGUUGGAUCAAGUAGUGCCGCCACCAGGAGGCGACGACGAAGUAACCGUCGGUAAAUUCUACGCCACUUUCCUCAUUCAGGACUACUUCCGAAGGUUCAAAAAACGCAAAGAACAAGAGAUGAAAGACGGAGAUAAAGAAUGCCACAAUACCGUAACGCUACAGGCCGGUCUUCGAACCUUGCACGAAGCUGGACCCGAACUGAAGAGAGCCAUCUCCGGUAACCUGGAGGAACUUUUGGACGACAAUCCGGAACCUAUGCACAGGAGAAAUCAUUCGCUGUUCGGAAGCGUCUGGUCGAGCAUGAGAAAAGGACAUCACGGUUUCAAUCGAGCCAGGUCGCUGAAAGUAAACUCGACGACUAAGGCAUCUCCGACGAAUUCCAUCGAUUUCCUGCCAUACUCGUCGCUUCAGAGAACCGUCGGUCCCGAUGCACCGAAUCAGAUAACCGCGAGGUCGCAUCAAGUCGUGCCAAACGUAGCAGGUGGUUUGAGCGACAGCGCGAUGAAUCAGAUGGGUAUCGACGCGAAACUCACCGGUAUCGAGGAGAGCAUUCCUCUGAGACCAUUGGCCGCGUUCGGAAAUCCCGUCCAGCAACAAUCAACCUAUCAUCCAUCUUACAAAAUGGUCGAUGUUCAGGACGGAAUCGAGCGGCGGCAGCUGACCCCACCGACACCACCGCCACGAAGGAAUCCAGCCUCGUCCGUCGCACCGGUCACUGCAACGGCCAUCGUGCAACUCUCGUCCAGCAAGUCAGCCAGCGCAACGCCGUCGAUCGCCACGUGCACGAACACCUCGACCGCCACGACCAGCCCGAGCUCCAACGGGACCUCUUCCUCCAACGGGACCCGUUGCUAUUAUUCCUACGCGACUCGGCCAUGCUGCGUCGAUUGUGCCGUCUGGAGUAAUCACGCCGCCAUAGAUCACGAGGAUGGGAAUUCGUCGACGGGAAGCGAGUUCAGCGAGUCGGAUGAGUCGGCAGGGUCGGAAGGAUCGGAAGAAGCAGGUUCGGAAGGGGGCGAAGAGGAUGGAACGGAUAACGGAAAGGCAGGAGCAGGGCCAGGGAUCGGCGGCGGGGAGGCAGGCGGUACAGGAGGAGACGGAGGAGGAGAUGGAGGAAGGAAAGGAGGAGACGACUCGGGAGAGUCUAGCAGUUGGAGCGACUCGGAAAAGUGUGGACGUCGAGGAGGAUCGUUGAGGCUGGAGUUCGGCGUGGCGUCUCGGUCUCGUGCUCGUGGCCGACGCGGGCCGAGCUCGUUGGUCGGCAAAUCGGCGCCGUCCAGUUUCCGAAAACGCGACGCCAACAACGGCGGUGGUCGAUCGAGCAGUUCGACUACGUCCGCGAGUACCGGAUUCGCGCAGAGCGUCGCCAACGGGCUGAAACUCGCUCGAACACGGGCAAUCGCAGUUGCCGGCUUCCUCGCCGACGUCGACGACUCGCGCCACGAUCGCGUCUGCGCCUCCUGUCUGUCGCAUCGGGCUUACCAAGGCAGAGUGUCCUGGGCCGGAGAGAGUAACGGAAGCAUCGGCGCAGAGCGCCUGUCCCACAGUUUGCCGGGCAGUCCCGCGGACCGGAAGCCCAACUUCGAGGUGAUCGGAAGCGCCGAGAGUUUGGUUGGUCGGGUUCUCGUGGAACAAGGACUUGGUAAAUACUGCGACCCGGAGUUCGUCAGAUACACGUCGCGAGAGAUGCAAGAAGCGCUCGACAUGACGCGCGAGGAGAUGGAUCGCGCGGCUCAUCAGUUGCUUCUUCAAGAACGCCGAGGUCAACCGCUCAGCUACCAGUUACAGCAAGGCGCGGACCAACCGUGGACGCUACCGGGUUAUCAACAGAUGCCGCAGCCGACGGGUAUCGGCUAUCAACCGCUGCAAGAGCAACAGCCUACCGGUCCACGACAGUACCGAACGUAUUAUCGAGGCACAGGUAGCGGCCAAGACCCGUCGCCGGACGCGUCCGGACAACACCACCAACCGCCGCCGUCUUAACGACGCGACGAUCAUCUCGUCGAUCGUGUUUCCAGCACGUUCGUCUAGCGUCGAUCGCGCGAGAACGAGCUUCGUCCUCGCUGAUUCUUCGAUCGGACCGAACAAACGAAGUUACGAGCACCGCACGAACGGCCGCAGGAAACGCGGCGAGAUGACGGGUCCACGCAAGCAAUAAAGCGACGAGAGCAACGACGAGCUCGAAAUCUCGCUACUUCGCCGGAAAAUUAUCGGUCUAGCGAGACGCGUUUCGAGUUUCGUCGCGCUUCUCCGCGCGAUCGUUCGAACGAAUCACCGUAACGCGAGGGAGGACGGCGGAAAAUUCGCGGCAAGCGGAAGCGCGGACGAUCAAUUCUUGCAUUGCUCUCGUUCGUAUCGUAAACACUUAUUCCUUCGAUUACAGUUCUUUAGGAUAAUUGAACUCAUUAUUAUUACUCUUCGUACGACGGAUUCUAGACGAGAUAACAAGUGCCUAAGUAUCUGUAACUUCUUUCGGACCAGAGAAGACUUUUAUCAACUUAGACGAAGUACCAUUGUCGCGAAUUACCGAACAAGCUGCGUGUCGAAUGUGUACGCUACUACAUUGUAACUAUACAUAUACAUAUACUUGUACAUACAUAUGUAUGUUUCUAUGUAUGUAUGUAUGUAUGUAUGUAUGUAUGUAUAUUAUUGCUCGUAUAAUAUAACUGUACAUAUACGUUGCGGAUAUAAGAGGUUGAUGCGAGAGAAUGAAUGGCCGAUAAACGCGGAUGCCACAAGGUUCGUUUGUACGUACAGACGAUGGUAGCGUAUGACCGAUCGAUCAAACACGAUUAUCCUUUUCGUUGCGACAAAGGUCCCUUCACCCAAGGAUGGACGAAAUUACCGUUACGAAUUACGAUUUUACGUAAGACGAAGGAGAAAUUACGAAUAAAAAAUGUCACGCGGAAAAUCAGUUAUUUACAAAGGAUGAAAUUUUUUGCGACGAACGCGUUAACCGUGACGAUCGAACGACGCUACCGUAAAUGUCACUGCUAUUCCUACGUAUUCCUCUACAAAUUUUUACGUAUUCCUUCGAAACGAUGGAUCGAGUAUUCUCUCUUUGGUACUCUAUACACUGUUUCUGUACCUUUACGAGACGUCUAGCGCGAAUUACUUAAUCGCUGCGUACGUAUAGUAUCAGCUCUCCGAGGGACGCGAGCUCGAGACCUUUUUUAACCUCCUUUUAAUUCGCUCGUAACAGAGACACGUUGUUUUUCGGAAAUUUUCAGAAAUUUUAUGAAAGGUUCAUGGAAUUUUCUCCGUUCCUUUCUUAUCCCGUUUCAAAAUCGAAUGUCCCGAAUUGCGCCUCUAGGAAAUUUCCAUUGGUAUAUCGUUGUAGCCGCGAAUGCGUAUGUGUGCGCAAGAGAAAAAAAGAGAGAGAGAGAGAGAGAGCGAGAAUGAUGAAAAGAAAGAGAGAGAAGAGCACGCACAAGAAUGUACGUUGUUGUACGCAAGAAGCAGAUCUCGAUUUCGAUCGCGAUACGCUCGACGAUCGAAUCGGCGAGAAAUCGUUCCUUUCCACGCACAAAUUUUAUUCGCGACAGGAACGAGAAUGCUUCCCGAUGCGAAGCUGAUCGCGCGAUCCUCUUGUUCGAUCACCGACUCGAACAUCCGCAUCGAAUACGCGACGCGUGAUCGGAAGAAAAGGUGACAAACAUUCGAUUGCCCGAUUUUGUGAAUGUUCCCUCGAUCGAAUCAGUUUAUUCGGUCCGAAGAAAAGCGAAAACAUUUUUGACACGUUUUUCUUGUACGUCGAGGCUCUAGGAAUUCGAGUUUGCUCUCUGGGCGAUCGGCGAUCGCGAGAAAUAAGAAGAAAAAAAAGAACUCGUUCGAGAACGAUGGACAUACUAUGUUUCGAUAAACGCGAGAUAUUUCCGAAGACGCGCAAUCAGCUUCCGCCGUUCUUUCUUUCGAAGCGUGUGCAAUGUGUCAUGGAUAAAUACGAUUAUCGAGAGCGCGGAGUAUUUUUUGGAGAAAGUCCGAAACAAUCAACAGCGUGAAAUUUUUCGUGUACCUAGAAACGACGUCGACAAUAAUUUUCAUCGAUGACAUUUACAGAACCACGUUUCUCCGAAACUCCUCUCGGCGCUUUCUCCGUUUUCGACGCGUCCACUAUCGCGUUUAUCUUUUACUCGACCGAUUAAUCGAAUAGGAUAGCCGGUGCUGGGAGCGAAGUACACCGACCGAUCAUCUACCCUGAUCUCUAUCGGGAGUCUCGAUCGAUCGAAUUCCCAGAGCUUCUUUCGAUUAGUUCUACUUUGUCCUGAGCGCGCAGCUACGAUUCAAGAUGGACGACACCGAUCUUUUUAGCCGUAUGUGUAGUAGUACGUGGCGUACGUGUACGCAUUCUCGCAAAAGCGUAAGAAUGCCGUUCGGAGAGCCGCGGUCGACGCGAGUCCUUCGCCACCAAGGGAACCAAAGCGAACUAAACGAUAUUUCGAAGAAACGAACAAAUCGACGGAUGCGUCUUUGAACAUUUUCUCUUAGAGGUACGGAUAAUAUAGGUAGAGGUGGUGUGUGUGAGGAGCCGGCACGACGAUGGUUGCGAGACGCGAGUAGCGAGUAGCGAGUAGCCGCUUGAUCGAGUCGAAUCGAGAAGGAAACGGAUCGACCGAACGGAAAGAGAAACAAAAGUUUUGUACAAAACUAAAAUCUAACGAUGCAUCUGCCGAUAAGUGGCGCACGAGGUAUUAACGAUAUUCGCGUACGCGCGUGUAUACAUAGUCGACCUUUCGUAUUCGUUUUUUCCAGCGUCUUUUUAAUAAUUAUGUAUUUGUCUAUAGCGAUCUUUUUAUACUGUUGUAAAGUGGCAUUUACACCGAUCCGUAGAAUAUACGCGUAGAGGGGACGUUCUUACCUAUCUUUAAAUCGUGAUGCGUCGCAUCGCAGACGGUGCACGAGACAUCGAUGCCACCCAAAUAGUUUUAAACGAACGCGUUUAGGAAGACCAAAAUUUUCUACGUUACGAGACUGAUGAUUACCGUUGCGCGUAUGACCGAUCGCCGCAUGCACCGAACGAAACCGACUACGCGAAACUCGCGAACAACCGAUCCCUUCGAUGCCUUCCUUCGACCUCGAUAGAGGUAUAGCCUGUCCGUCGAGAUGCACUCGUCGCUCGUGCCACCACUCGUAAAUACUUUUUACGAUAUCGGCGAUUCUCAACCACCGAAAAACGCUCGAUGUGCAACAAUCAUUAUUUCGAAUCGGUUUUUACGAUCGCGUCGACGAUUGUGUCGUUCGCCGAUCGACGCCGCGUCAAAUGUCAAGCGUCCCGUGCGCUAUCGAACAACAACAAAUAAAUAAAACGAACGUACUUCGACUGGAAAAAAAAAUUGAAAAAUCUUGCUCGACGAUGCGUUUUUAUUCGAGCCAUCAAAAUUUUGCCACAGCACUUGGCACUCACACACGCUACUCGCGCCGUUUAUUUUUAUUAAGACGUUCUUAUAUCGACACGGUAAUAGAACGAUGUUCGCGCGAACAUUAUCAUCGUUUUUUAGAAAACAUAUUCGUUAAUACACUUCGAUGACGACUCUCGAACCAUCGAUUUCGCAUGAUCGGAAAGUCGCACGAUUCCCCUCUUUUUUCCUUCCCUUUUAUUUCGAUUAUUACAUUUUCGAUACCGGUCAACGCGAUCGAACCUUUGAUAUUUCGGACCUGAAAUUUAUCGAAUAUACGAACAGUAAUUGGAGAGCGGUAUUUGCGCGAUACCGAUCAAAAAAUAAUCUACAGUUCUAGAGAGUUCCCAAAAGAUACAUUCGGGGAAACGUGCUCCUUUCCAUUCUACGCGACGCAUAUAUCUCGUUGACGAAGAUAAAUAAAUGAAAAAAAAAAGAAAAAAAAAACAGAACGAGUAGAGUCGCACCGGUUACGACGCUCGUUGGUCCAUUAGAAACUUUACAGAGCUAAGAUCCAGAAACCUUGAUAUGCACAACCGACAGACACGCACACGAUAUACUGCCGUUUUUCUUUUCGACUUCUGCCUCCUCUUCGCUUCCGAUUCGUCGAAAAUCUUCGACGCGUUUUCACGCGGAACUAUCGACGAUCGAUCGUCGAUCCGGGAAGACGAGUUUACGAGCAUCGAACUUUAACCCUUUAGCUAAUACGUUUUUCCAAUCGAACACAUAUUUUCGAACAAAAUGUUACUAUCUACGAUCGCUUCGAUUUAAACGACUUUCUUCUCGAAUCAAAUUUCCUUCGUUUAUUUCCAAUAUCGUUUCGUCUCGAUGUCAUGAUUUUCUACCGAUAUACACAAAUAUUGAACUGCACGAUGCGAAGCAAUGUCUCGAAUUCGAAACGAAUCUGGUAGUACUAAUCGUGGCUAAAGGGUCGAUGCCGUUGCUCUGAACCCGUUUUUCUACAUCUAUUUAUCGAAACGGAAAUAUUUCAUACGGAUCGUGUACAAUUUCUCGGUACGUUUUGACGGUACCCUCGAUUUCUAUUGCACACCGUUCAACUUGUUCCUUGUUCGAGAAAAAGAAAACGCGACAAUCGCGUUACCGCAUUCCUCGCGAGACCAACAGCGAACCUUCUUCGUUACACGAGCGAACGAAACAAAGAGUAAAGGUAACUGGAAUCCAUAUCUCGCCUCUCCAUAUUUAUCUCUCUUUCGAAUGAAGCGCGACAACCGCGACAGUCGAAAAUUCGAAAUUGCCUGAUGGACCGUUAAGUUUAAACGGCGAUUGUUGAAUGUUCAUUUUGUCGUCUCUCGAUCGAAGCGAUUGAUCGAUCCGAGCGAUCUUACGUUUCACCGAUUAACGAACGCUUCUCUAGAUUAACGGUAACCGUAGGCGCCUAGAAGAAUAGAAUUUUUCACCGGCCAAACACUCGACGGCUGGUAAUUAUCUAUGUAUUCGUGCACCCACGGUUGCCGUUAAACCGAGACGAACUUUCGCGCGCGAAUACUACACAAUUCCAAACAAUCAGCGUUUUACGAAAUAAAAUCAUGUACUCUCCGCUGUAACCCGGUUGCGCUCGUCGAUCGAUCAAUCGAUUAAAUCGAUCGCGCGAAAUUCGUAUUUAACGAUAAACCUACGCUCGAUACUUUGCUUAUUUGCUUCGUUUAUCGAAACUAGUCGAUUGUUCAUUUUUGAUCAUUCGAUGCAAUUUUGAAGAAAAAAAAAAAAAAUGUUCACUGGAAUCCCGAAAAUAUUUGUGAUUCAGAAAAACCGUCAAACGCGAAGAAACGUUCGUACGUUACGAACACGUGCAUGCGGUUCCAAGAUUACGCGGACGAUACCCGAUCGCGAAACGGAUCGAACGAACUGCAUGGACAACACCGAGCUGAAAUUAGAAAGAAAACUAACUCGAAAGAAUUGUUGUUGUUAAUGUUGUCAGAAAUGUGUCAAAUUAAAAUAUAAGGAUUUCAAACAUCUGA